AUGGAUAGUUGGAAUGGAGAAACUUGGAAUUGGUCUUUUGAUUUCAAUUGUGAUGUGGAAAAUGGGGCAGCCGCGACUCAAUUUUUUGAUUUGGUGAUUCUUCUUGCUCCGGUUCAACCUUGUCAAUUGAUUGGGGAUUCGUUUGUUUGGUGGCGUAAUACUUCCGGAUUCACGGUGAGUAAUACUUAUGAUUCCAUAUUGUCUUUUGACUCUUUGUCACCUCCGUUGAACAAUUCGGUUAGCUUAGCUUUUUCUCGUUUAUGGAAGUCAAAGGUUCCUAGUCGUAUUCAUAUUUUCGGUUGGAGAUUGAUUUGGAAUAUACUUGCUUCGAAAGUUGAAUUAGCUAAACGUGGAACUCUUUUAGAUCCUAGUUUGUUAGUGUGUUCUUUGAGCGGUCGGGCUCAAGAGGAUCUAGAUCAUCUUUUUCUUUAUUGUGACAUUGCUAGAGAUUGGUGGCAUAAAUUGUUUCUUUGGCUCCAUUUGGAUGAUAUCAUUCCGACCGGAAUAAUUUUGGAGCGGUUUUUUGGCUUGGAAGAUUAUCGUAGUUUUUGGCUUGGGUGGAUUUGUUUCCGGUUGCAUCCGCUUAGGGAUUGA